UAGAUGUGAAUAUGCUGCACAAUUUGGAUGAUAAACUGUGUCAAGCUUUUCCAAACUUUGUAGAUACACAGAGAUAACUCAGCUUAUGUCAGUGUGUGAAUCCAGACAAGCUUUAGGAACCUUUGGACCUACAAACAAACAGCAAGCUGUUCUCUGUUCUCUGUUGGAGCAACAUGUUUUGCAGUGUGUUUAACAGAAAUGCUUUCUAAAACCCAUUGUACUGCAAAUUUUGAUACCUGGAAGCUGUCAAGGACGGUAUGAUGAUUUCUCAAGAAAUAAGUCAUCUGGAGUGAUGCAAUGGCGCUCGGGCACGGCUCAAAGAAGUCAGUUACAUGCGAACAGGAGGUCACACCUGCUUCUCUGAACAAAGGGGUCGGAUCUGCUGUACAAAGUGUGGCUCCACUGACCAGAAGGACAUGGACCUGCAAGUGUCUUCUUUCCUUUCUCAUCAUCAUCAUCAUCGUUUUUAUAGUUGCAGGAGUCACAUUGGCCUGGUACUUUCUGGAGUACAAGGUUUGGGUGUUGGAGCCUCGAGUUCAGCAGCAGUACACAGCUUACCUAACCAUCCUCAACAGGAACUUCUCUGCUGAUUUUUCCUCUCACAACAGUCCUUUGUUCAAGAGAGAAUCCAAGGGAGUACAGAACAUGGUAAAGAAGAUAAUGAAAGCUUCAUCCCUUUCUCGAUACUUUAAUUACACCACAGUGUUUGCAUUUGGGGAGGGGAGUGUAGUGGCUCACUUCUGGGUAGUUUUGUCUGUGCCCAGCAGCCAUGUUGGGAGAGUCACUCUAGAGAGAGUCACUAGAAGCCUGGAGGAGGGCCUGAGGGGGUCAGGUGGAUCAGAAGUGGAAGAAACUACCAGCACUGAUGGCUACUUGUUGAAUCUCUCCACAUUGCUUGUUAGUGAAACCGACCCCAAAGUUAUAGAACUUUUGAGCGCUUCAUUUGAUUGUUACCGUUAUCAGAAGGUGGUGUCUGCCAGCCCUGUGGCUCUCCGGGGCCCCGACACACAGCGUUCCUCCUGCUUGUGGCACCUCCAGGCAGUCCCCGGGUCCCAGCUGGAGCUCCACAUGGAGUGGUUGCUGCCUGAGUGCCGUGACAGGCUGGUGGUGUACAACUCCCUCACUCCCUCUGAUAAUAAUCUCAUCACAUCUGUGUAUGGCUGUAGCAGACACGAGCACGUUGUGCGUGUUUUGUCUUCGGGCGACUGGAUGACGGUCGUUUGGAAACGGGGUCUGUACAAUUACAAGGACCCUUUUUCCUUGUCUGCACAGUCCUGGUCCCAACAAGAAUGUAGUUCCAUUAUACAGUUGAAGGCAGUACCAGGAGUUCAGGGGACAGUAAGAACGCCUUUCUUUCCCAGCUACUACCCUCCAAAUACCAACUGUACCUGGAGUUUUACUAUGCCCAGUGCAGAGAUGGGCUUGGCUCUGGAGUUUGAGGGCUAUGAGCUUAGCAGAGCCAGCUACAGUCAAACCUGCAGUCAGGGACAGUGGAUCAUUCAGAACCGCAGACUGUGUGGUACCAGGAGUCUGCAGCCCUACUGUGAACGCCUCUUCCUGCUCUCUACAAAGACCACCGUUGUGAUGACGUCUGAGGUGUCGCUUACAGGGCCGGGCCUUCAGUUGCACUACAGCGUCUUCAACCUGUCUGACCCUUGUCCAGACCAGUAUCUGUGCGCUGUGAACGGCCUCUGUGUUCCUGUGUGUGAUGGCAUUAAGGACUGUCCCAAUGGACUCGAUGAGCGAAACUGUGUGUGUGUGGCGCAGUACAAGUGCCCAGAAGACAGUCAGUGUGUGGACUAUUACAAAGUGUGUGACCAACAUCCAGACUGCCCUGAAGCAACAGAUGAGAUGAAUUGUACUGAUGGUGUGCAGUGUACAGAUAUGACCUAUGUGUGUGCUGAUGGAACGUGUCUGAAGAAGCCGAACCCUGAAUGUGACUCCAUCACUGACUGUCCUGAUGCUUCAGAUGAGAAACACUGUGAUUGUGGCCUGAGACAGUUCUCCAGCCGUAUUGUUGGGGGCAAGGACGCCUCAGAAGGGGAGUGGCCAUGGCAGGCCAGUCUGCAGGUGCGGGGCACCCACAUUUGCGGUGGCGCAUUAAUCUCCAGUCAGUGGGUUUUGUCUGCUGCCCACUGUUUCUAUGACGACUCUGUCUAUUCCCCCUCAGUGUGGACAGUCUAUCUGGGUAAACUACUUCUCAAACGCAGCAGCCCCACAGAAGAGGUAGCCCGAGUUCAGCAUAUACAUCUUCACAACUACUAUGAUGAGGAAUCUCAUGACUAUGACCUGGCCCUGCUAAAGCUGGACCGGCCUGCGACUGCUGUGCUGGCUGGACAUGCUCGAGCUGCCUGCCUGCCACCACCCACCCACCAGCUGGAGCCAGGAUUGCUCUGCUGGGUCACAGGCUGGGGGUCACUACGAGAGGGAGGUGGUGCCAGUAAUAUGCUGCAGAAGGUGGAUGUUCGCCUGGUCAGUGAGGAAGACUGUGUUCGUUCCUAUGGCCAUUUGGUCACUCCCAGAAUGCUUUGUGCCGGGUAUCGCAGUGGAGAGAAAGAUGCCUGUCAGGGAGACUCUGGCGGUCCCUUGGUUUGCCAGGAGCCAUCAGGUCGCUGGUUUCUGGCCGGGGUGGUGAGCUGGGGCAAAGGCUGUGGGCGUCCAGACUACUAUGGCGUCUACACUCGAAUCACUAGACUCACUGAUUGGAUCAAGAAAGUCAUCAGCACCCAGUGAGUCCCCGAGGGUCGUCACCAUCCUUAUAUCAAUAUCCUCCGCGCCUUCACACAAAAAUCAAGAGUUUAGAAAACGUAUCCAGCAUUAUCGUUUCAUCACAUACUCUCUUACAGACUGAAUGUUCUUUGUCCCAUGAUAAAAUCAUAUCUUUCUGUUUGAAUGUCAAAGGUUAACGUAAAAAACAAUAAAAUAAGUAAAGAAAUUCGCAAACUG